AUGGGAAAUUAAUAAGAUAAACCACCAUAAUCAAUAAGCAAAUCAUAAUAAUAACAAUAAUAAUAAUAAUCAAAGAAAACUAAUCAAGUACAAAAUCAAUAUCACAUUGCUUAUACUUAGACAUUUAAUACUUAUUAAUAAGAAAAUAAAAUCAAUAUUUCGCAUAUUCCUAUAGAGAAUCAACAAUUAGGACUUUAAUUUAAAUAAUUCGUACUAUCAAUAUUCAAAACUGAUACCUUAAAUUUAUAACAAUACUUAGAUUUAUGUGAUAUCUUAACAAAAGCUCCUGACUAUAAUAUUAAAUAUUUAAAUAAGAUGCGUCCAGUUGAAUUGAUGUUUAAAUUCAUGGGAUAUUCAGAAAAUGACUCUAUAGCAAAUGAAGUUUGUUUAAGUGUACUGAAUAUUUUAUUUACUAUGAUUAAAAAUGGAGAUGCAGCAAAAUAUUUAAUGAAUAGAAUAUACGGUAAUUAAAAUCAUUCUAUAAAUAGAUGAUAGUUUAGAUUCAAAUUAAAGAGUAGGUUAUGUGUGCAAUAAAAUUAAUUCCAUAAUGCCUUUAGUUGGUGAUUAUAUUGAGGCCUAUUGGGUCAAAAUAUUAUCAUCUAAUCAAAUUCAAUCGAAAUUAGAAAAACCUAUAAUAAAGUAAAGUUCUAAAAUUAUUGAUGAUGAAAUAUUCACUGUACUUUCAACAUAAAAUCAUUUUUGUACAGAAAUGACAUAAUUGUAUAAUAAUUAAAGUAGUGGAACAAGUUUUAAUCGAUUAGCAUGGAACAUUUUAGGAUAUGGAGGACCAACUCUAAUACUUAUUUAUUUGGAUAAGAAAUGUAAAUAUCUAUUAUUCUAUGAAGUAAACAAUCUUCCAAUCAUAUUUGGUGCUUAUAAUCCUAAUCCUUGGACUGAUGGAUUAAAAUUCUAAGGAGAUUCUGGAUGUUAUUUAUUUUCUAUAAGUCCAAGUUUUAGAACAUAUUGUACUACUGGUAAUGGAUAAAAUUAUGCUUAUUUAAACACAAAAAAUAUUGAUAGAUCUAAAUAUAAAGUGGGAUUAGGAUUUGGAGGUAAUUCAGAACAUACUUCAUUUCGUUUAUGGAUAGAUGAUGAAAUUGAGAAUAGAUCAAAAGUUGCAUCUGAAGAUGACACUUAUCAUCCUGGAUAUAUUGCUGGAGAAAUUGAAGGUUAGAUAGGGAUUGUAUUUAUUGAAGUUUGGGGAUUAGGAGGCAAAUAAGCCUUAAUUUAAUAAGAAAAAUAUAGAUAGGAUAGAAUGGAAGAGUAUAUAAUAAUUGAUUAUAAUAUAAUAGAUUAGAGAGAAUGAGGAAAGUAGAUAAGAAAUAAUUCUUUAGUGGAUUUGAUUAGGCUAUGUUUUUAGAAAAAACUUUUGCUCAUAGAGAUCAAGUUAGGGAAGAAAUUGAUAGGGAUUGAU